AUGUCAGCCAGACAGGGUCAGGUCAAGCCUGGUGCCAGUGACCGGGCUUCCAUCCCCACUCCGCCCGUCAAGUUCCCUCUGGAUGACAAGCCAGGACCGCUGUCAACUCGCAAGCAGCAGAGGUAUGCCACUGCGAAGCCUAAACAAUCCCGAGGCUUCUCUGGCUGGCUCAUCUCCUUUGGUACUCGUGCCACCAUCUUCUACCUCAUCUUCGCCGCAUUAUGGACUUGCCCUUCGCGACCCUUUGCUUUCGACUACUCGGCCAAGGAUCCGCGACCUGUCUGUCGCAACUUGGCACAGGCUCACCACCAACUCGCUUCCAUCGUUACUCCUUAUAUUCGCCGGGCGCAAAAGAAAGCGGAACCGUACACUCGCCCCGUCAUCCAGGCUGCGACGCCAUGGGUCAAGCGUGCUAACAAAGUAGCUCGUCCCAUCUACCGUGAGGCUGACAAGCGAGGUCGCCUCAUCUGGAAGAAGCGCAUUGAUCCUGCGCGUCGUCGUGCUCUCAAAAAGGCACGCAAGCGAAUCGACCCUUACGUCCAGCAGGCCCACUCGUAUCACAAGCGCAACGUCCAGCCUCACAUCAAUACGGCUCACAAGGCUGUCAAGCCCUACCACGAUAUCUACCAGCGUGACGUCUCUCCCUAUGUCGACCGCGCCUACCAGUACAGUCUGCAGUCUCCUUCCGUCUCGUAUGCCUUCUACAUGGACAAGGUUCACCCCCGUGUCGUACACGCCAUCAAGCAGGUCUACAGCUUCUUUGUCAAUCACGUCGGCCCCGCCGUGCGCAGAUUCUACAGUCUCUACGUCCGACCUCAGCUCGAUCGUCUUAUCGCUAAGGUGUACCAACGCAAGGCUCACUACCUCGGCUCUGAUGCCAUCAAGACAGCCCAGAGCGAGAUGAAGCAGGCAGCUAAAGAGGCUGAUAAGCACGCUAAAGAGUCGGUCAAGAAGGCGGAACAAGAUGCGAUCAAGGCUCAAACCCAUCCUUCCCUACUCGAUCGUGUCAAGCAAGCCAAAGAUGCUGUCGUCGACAGUGCUACCGGCAAAGAGACUGCUCCAGUCAAGCUUGCCCAACUCGAUGCUGAACAAGGAAAGACCAAAGAUCUUCUCCAAGUCUGGGAGAAUGGCAUGACUGACCUCAUCGAAAAGGAGUACAAGCUCGCCGUCGACCGUAUUGCCGAUCUUCGCAACAAGCGUCUUGCUGACUUGCCCGACCGAUUCGGCCUGAUCAACGAGGCUUUCGCCGAAGACACUGUUGCUCUCAUCCUUAACCGUGUUGAGCGUGGCUUGCGCAAACUUGCUGUCAAGCCCUCCGACUCUAACGCUGAGCUCAAGCAGAAGCUUGCUGCAGGUAACAAGCUCGUUGAUCAGCAGAUCGCCAAGUUUGACCAAGCUACUCUGGAUACCAAGGCUCACAUUUCUGCCUUCUACGAGGAGCUGCUCCAGCAAGAGAGGCAGGCGAUCGAGACUAGCAGCGCUGAAGUGCGUCGCUAUGCUGCUGCUGCCAAGGAGGCCUACGACGACAUCAUGCGCGAUGCCAAGUUCUCUGCCACUAUGGAUGAGUGGCAAGGCUGGGACCUCGGUGUCCGUAAGCGCGCCUCGAUGUUUGCCGAGGAGCUUGCGGCGGUGCAGAGCAACAAGAAGGCUGUCAGCACUGCUUCUGGUGCUGUGGAUCUGCGAAAGGAGGCUCCCGACAUGCAGAAGGAGAUCGACUCACUCCGCAAUUGGACCGACAAGCUGCACAAAGCGGCAAGGACGGAGUUGAUCGCGUACUGCGAUACUUCGCUUGCUCAGCUCGGUGGUGAAGGCGUCGCUGCCAAGAUCUCGGAUGUUACUGAUAGGUUGGUUGAGCAGGCUAGUCGUAUUAGCACUGAUGCCGCUGCUGGUAUGCUCGGUGCUGUUGGUGCUGCUAGGUCCAAGUUGGGACUUGGUGAACCUGCUUCGGAGGGAUAUGUGGCUAGGGCCAAGUCGUACCUUGCUUCGGGCACUGGUUCUGGUUCGUCCUUUGACGACUACAUCAACAGUCUCAACGCGAAUGUGGCUGCUGCUGGAAGCUCCGUUUCUUCUGUAGCCGCACAGGCUAGCAGCAGUAUUGCAUCGGCUGUCGGUAGCUCUUCCACUCCUGCUGUGGCUAGAGCUUCAGCUGCUGUCGCCGAUGCAGCCAGCGGUGUCGCUGCCAACGUCCAAGCUGCUACCGGUAAAGCCACCGAUGCAGCUGCUUCUGCUGCCUCUUCUGCCUCUUCAGCUGCUAGCAAAGCAAGUCGCAGUGCCGCUUCUGCCCUCGGUGCUUCUCCUACUCCCGAGACGCUGGAGGACUACACAGAGGUGGUGAAGGACAACGUCAAUGCCGCUGCUGGUAAAAUGGGAGGUGUUGCUCAAGCGGCCACCUCUUCUGCUUCUUCGCUUGCUUCGGUUGCGUCCAAGUCUGCUGGUGACGUUGUGGGCGCAGAUGCUUCUUCAGCUCUGUCCGCUGCAUCGGUUGUAUACGCGUCUGCCAGCUCAGCCGCCCAAUCUGGUGCUUUGUCCGCAUCGUCGGCAGCAUCUGUGGUGUCCAAGUCCGUCAGCUCGGCUGCCGCUCCUGGUGCUUCAUCAGCCUCCUCUUUGGCUUCGGUUGCGUCCCGAUCGGUUGGCUCGGCCGCUGCAGAAGGGGCGUCUUCCGCAUCCACGCUUGCCUCGGUCGUGUCCAAGUCGGCUGGUUCAGCUGCGGCUUUGGGUGUUUCCUCUGCCUCUUCCCUCGCCUCAGCCGCGUCCAAGUCUGUAGAUUCGGUCGCCGCAUCAGGUGCAUCAUCAGCAUCUUCUCUCGCCUCCGCAGCUUCCCGAUCAGCCGCUUCUGCAGUCGGCGCCUCUUCCUCCCCCUCCACCUUCGCUGACCGUGUAGAGGAUCUUCAAGACUCCGCAAGCGUCAUUUAUGGAUCAGCAGGAGUGAUUUACGGCUCAGCAGCUAGUUCUGCUUCUUCUAUCGCCAGCAAGGCUGGCAGAUCAGUUGCUUCGGCUGUCGGAGCUUCGCCUACGCCUGAGACGCUAGAGGAUUACGUGGAGGAUGCGAAGGAUGCGACUCAGUCGAUUGCUAGUAAGGUGGCUAGCGUCGCUCAUGUUGAGUUGUAA